UACUCUGUUCCGUGGUUAACAUCUCUGACACAGGGGAAGCUCUCUUUCUUCUUCUUCUCCUCCUCCUCCUCCUCCUCCUCCUCCUCUCUUUUUGCCGCAUGGAAGCCAUGUCUCUGCUCUCAGAUCUCCUCAACCUUGAUCUCUCCGACUCCACGGAGAAGAUCAUUGCCGAAUACAUCUGGGUUGGUGGAUCUGGAAUGGACAUCCGGAGCAAAGCAAGGACGCUCCCUGAGCCUGUCAGUGAUCCCAGCAAGCUUCCAAAGUGGAACUACGAUGGUUCAAGCACAGGUCAAGCUCCUGGAGAAGACAGUGAAGUGAUUCUGUAUCCUCAAGCCAUUUUCAAGGACCCAUUCAGGCGGGGAAACAACAUUCUUGUGAUGUGUGAUUGUUAUACACCCGCUGGGGAGCCAAUUCCCACCAACAAAAGAUACAAUGCUGCUAAGAUUUUCAGCCGCCCUGAUGUUGCUGCUGAAGAAACUUGGUAUGGAAUAGAGCAGGAGUAUACUCUUCUUCAGAAAGAUGUGAACUGGCCUCUUGGGUGGCCUACUGGAGGUUAUCCUGGUCCUCAGGGUCCUUAUUAUUGUGGUGUUGGUGCGGACAAAUCUUUCGGGCGUGACAUUGUUGAUAGCCACUACAAAGCCUGUCUUUAUGCAGGGAUUGACAUCAGCGGUAUCAAUGGAGAAGUCAUGCCAGGCCAGUGGGAAUUUCAAGUUGGUCCUGCUGUUGGCAUCUCUGCUGGUGAUCAACUAUGGGUUGCUCGCUACAUAUUGGAGCGAAUUACUGAAAUUGCUGGUGUGGUGCUCUCCUUUGAUCCGAAGCCUAUUCAGGGUGAUUGGAAUGGUGCUGGUGCUCACACAAAUUACAGCACCAAAUCCAUGAGAAGUGAUGGAGGGUAUGAAGUCAUAAAGAAGGCAAUUGAAAAGCUUGGCCUGCGGCACAAGGAGCACAUUGCUGCCUAUGGAGAAGGCAAUGAGCGCCGGCUUACCGGACGACACGAGACUGCUGAUAUCAACAACUUCCAAUGGGGAGUUGCAAAUCGUGGGGCAUCCAUUCGUGUUGGCCGUGACACUGAGAAGAAUGGCAAAGGAUAUUUUGAAGACCGAAGGCCUGCUUCCAACAUGGAUCCCUAUGUGGUUACCUCAAUGAUUGCAGAGACUACCAUCCUCUGGAAAUCAUGAGAGGCCUGCUACUCGCACCUUCUGUUAGGAUUUUUGAGUCUCUGUCUUGUGGGAUUCUGAGUUCACCAUCUUGCAUUGCGCUUGGAACUCUUAUCUUUUCAGUAGUCUUUGAUUGGCAUUCUUGUUGUGGUAGUAGUUUGGAGUCAUUGCUCUAUAUUGGGAGAGACUAUGCAGGCAAAUGGUUUUAGCUAUACUUGGUUGUUUUUGCUGCUUUAUAUUUUCAAUUUGUAAUCGGAGUAGCAGCAACAAACAAUAUAUUUUGAUAACAUAAAAAGUUCUCUCUCAAAACAGAUCCUAGUUGUCCAUUUGCAGUAUGAUACUGCCAAGUUGGCAGUGAAAGACUUAUUUAAAUAUGCCGGUUGAAUAUGUAAUUGGAAUUACUUGUCGUAAUCUUGAUUUUUGGUUGUUGAGUUAGGAAGUCUUUCA